AUGUCUGCCGAAUCCACGAUCGAUGAUGCGCUGAAGGGCGACGAUGACUUCUCGGUCAUCGAACGCUUGGCCGAUGCCAUUCGCAUCGAGGAAGACAUUCAGAUCAGCCAGGAGAACCGCAAGGAAGUCAUCCAGGAUCUCUAUGAAGGCCCAAAGAAGUGCCAAUGUUGCAUCAACUGGAUGGACGAAUGCCCACACGGGGUCGAUCUGACCGAAGUCGAUAAAGAUGACGAUGAAGACAGCGGCAGCCCUCUGGUCAUUCGACGCCGAGUAAACGCCGGCCGCAUUGGCACGAUCAUAUCUAUUCACUCGAUCGAGAUUCGACAUGCGGCCACCCGCAAAGUUCUGAUCGAUGUUUUUCAACCCUACGACAACAUCGUCCACCGAGUCAAGUACCUCACAUUCUUGGCCCCCUUCCACCAGUUCUUCUGGCGCUGGGAGCGCUUCGAGAAGGCCGUCGCGGAGGAGAAGGACGAUACUGUGAAGAAAAUACUGGCUAUUUUGAGGGAAUUGGUCAAGCGCGAGUUGGCAGGGGCGUUUGCCGUGAACAAGGAGCUCGUUAGCCACGGGGUCAUCACCUUCAGCUACCUCUGGAUCUUGUUCGCGCCCGGGGAGCUGAUCUACUCGGCCGACGACAGUCACAACCGAUUCUACGUCCUUCGAUCAUGCUCCUCGAGAGACAUCGCAACAGAACUAAGUCUCUCCUAUAUUGCCUGGGGUUACCCAGCGAUGCGGUUCGGGACGGUCCACGAAGACAUCUCCAUCGAAAAUUUCCUAGGGUCUCGCCCAAUUGACAGUCUACCUGCCUUCCCCGCCAAGUAUCUCCGCGACUUCUCAGGAAUGCAAGCAAAGCUUGUAGAACGAGGCCGCAAAUACGCGAACCUGGCUGGUACACAUUACAAGGCAUACCAUCCCACAGGGCAGGAUCAGAAAACUGAGCUUCGGGUGAUGAUCGAUCCUAGUCACAGAAGAGUAUACCUCUCAGCAUAUAUCCGCGAUAAAAGUGACGAGAUGCUUGAGCUACUUUUUAGCCAGUACACCGACCUCAUCAACCAAUCCCCGGUGGAUUCACCUCCCCCGAAUGGCAUACACGUCCCUUUGGAUGAGUACAUUGACGAGUGGGACGAAAGACCAAGAGGCGGUCGUCGACCUCUCCGAGGCCCCAUGCCUCGACGGGCUUCCCCGUAUUACGUGCCACCUGUCGUGCCCAGACGAAGAUCCCCGGCUGUAGUCGAGACUUUCCGAAGACGUCGGAGCAUCUCUCCGGAAUUCAGAAGACGUGAUGAGAAUAUCGAGGAGAACUCCAGAAAGUAUCUGACAGAGUUCCAUCUACAGCUCACAGACCCCGAGGUUGAUGGAUUUGAUCUUAAGGAGAAGGUUUGGAGAAGCUUUGAAGUAGACCGAAUCCACGACAUCGAAUGGAACACGAAGCCCUUUGAGAGUCUGGUGUUGCCGGAGGGAUACAAGGAUUUGAUUCUGGCUUUCGUUGAGAGUCAGGUCAAGGAAAAGGUUGCAUUUGAUGACGUAAUCAACGGUAAAGGUGGUGGGCUCGUAGCCUUGCUUGCCGGAGAUCCAGGCGUGGGCAAGACUCUCACUGCCGAGUCAGUUGCCGAGAAAAUCCAAGCUCCCCUGUUCAAGAUGGAGUUGGGAGACUACCACGAGGACGAUCGCGACAACGACGUUAACCUAGUUCGCUAUGAUGACAGGAAUCGAUCCUUGAGUCCCCGUCCCCGAGACCCAGAGCGUCCAAUGAGCUUCACAACUGCAUUCGAACUUGCUGCUCGCUGGGGAGCCGUUCUUCUGAUUGACGAAUGCGACAUGUACUUGGAGAAGCGCAGUGACGCUUCAUCGAAACGGAACAAGAUGGUCUCUCGCUUCCUGAAAGAACUGGAGUACUAUCCGUCGCUCCUCUUCCUCACUACGAACCGCGAGCGAUCCCUUGACCCUGCCAUCUACUCCCGUGUCCAUCUCAAUAUCAACUACCCCGCAUUGGACGAACCUUCCCGUUUGAAGAUUUGGCAGACGUUCUUGGAGAAAAACAACUCAACCAUAUCAAGGAGUGAGUUUGGAUCCCUGUCUAGGAUCAAUGUGAAUGGCCGCCGUAUUCGAAACAUUGUGAAGACGGCUGGCAUCAUGGCAAAGAAAGACGGGAGAGCGGUAAACUUUGAUGACGUAAGGAAAGUCAUGAAGAUCACCGAGGGAAUCGAAAUUGAAGACUUCUAG